AUGAAAUCCCGGAACUGUUUAUUUGAAACAAUUGUUGCACCUGGUGUUGAAUUUCUUAACACAGCUAAAAUUGUAAACUCAAAAGGGUGUUUCAUCGAGAACGAAAGAAAAAGACAUCCAGUUCUUGUUAUUAAGGGUGGGGUUGAUGAAACAAAGGUUCGGAUUCCACGUGACGAACAGUUUUUAUCACCACUAGGUAUAUGCGAUCAUUUACUUGUAUUGCAACUGCGUCUUCCACCACUGAAUCACUUUGCUUUGGAGCUUAUCAUAACUCAUGAGGUAAGUUCCCGUAUGAAACUAAUAAUUGGGACUCAUUUUACUGAAACGCGGUGCAAUAAAACGAUUAACCGAAUGCUAGUUGCAAUGUUGCCUUUGACUAUUACUCGCAAUCAAUGGGUUCAGGUAGUGUUUCACAUUAAGGGAAUUGUAGACAAUAUAUUUAAUUUGCCACCAUUCAACUUUAUUGAUUCUGUUUCUUUCUGUGGCAACGCAAAGAUAGGAAUGCUGAUGUCCACUAGUAACGAGGAGCUUUGCCUUCAACACGGUAGAACAAAAAUGGCGAUGUCACUGGUGCCGGCAUAUGCACCCCCGGUUUGGUCUACUUCUUCGUCAGCGCAUAACACUAAUGUACCGAGGGUGGUGCCCUGUCUAUCGGAUUUACAGUAUCAGAAGUCUGAUACAAAGGAUUUGUUAAAAGAAAUUAUUCCUAAUAUUAGCUCCAGAGGUUUUGUCGACUCAAAAAUAAGCACUUCUCGCAUUCUAUCACCACUCCCAGAAACAUCUCAGGUCUGCUUAGCAUCGUCGGGAAAUCAGAUGAGUUCUCCAACUUCGGAUAGUUUCUAUUCCUCAGAAUUAAAACGAUUACCAGCAAUUACGGGAUUUUAUGAUUCCAACAAGACUUCCAAAUACUUUAGAAUGAUAGAUUCAGAUGACAGCGCAUAUUCUCCGCAUAAUAAGCAGAACUGUUUAACACUUCUGAAGCGUGGCCCACAUCCCAUUCUCCCAAAGGACACCGUGGAUCCUUGUGCUGGUAAGACAACAAUAUUAUGUGGUAAGCAGUCAACUGAGACAAGUACAGAAAAUCCAUUUACUAGCUGGGUAAGUGAUAUGCAGUUGUGUGAUAAAGAUACCGUAAGGGGCCUGGUUCGAGUCUCCGAGAAAAAGGAUUCCAAUAUGCCCAAAGCACAGUUAACAAAGGAAAAGGGUGCAUGUAUUUCAGGUAACCCUUUCCAACCAAGUACGAUAUCACGGAAAGGAAGACCCCUACGGAAUAAUGACCGCUGUGGCGACGUAGAGUCUUCAUUACCUAACCCAAAGAAAAAGAAACGUGUAAAAAAUAGAAUGAGAUUACCCCGUCAAAAUAAGACCAAGAUCCCAAAGGGUGCACCAGAGCAAAAACUAGCUUCCGAGGUUUUAAUUCGCAGUGUUUCUAGCUCUUCAGAGUCACCACAGGUCGAUGGUUCACCUUGUGGGUUAUUCUGUAUGCCGAAGGUUGGAUAUGGGGUUGGUUACUUAGGGGUUAUAAAUGAGGAAGGUGAGUACAUCGAUGAAGAUGGUGUAAAUGUUCGACUAAGGAAGAACUUAGCGUUUAGGUUAUCUGAUGAUGAUGAGUAGAGUUAAGAUUUUAAGUUUCUAAAAUAAUCAUUAUUUUUUUGUAUCCAAAACCACCAUGUACAGUUGCUACAAUUUAAUUCGUUUUCGACCGGGUUUAUUAACUUUUCUUGGUAUUGGAUAU